AUGUCCUCGAAAAACUGUUGUGUGGCCAUGGGAUAUGGAACCAGGAAUUCACGUAAAAACCUAAAAUUUAUCCAAAAUUCCAAACAUAUUAUUAAACUGCUAUCUGUGGACAGAUGUUUGUGUAAGUUUGAGCAGAAUGUGUGGGAAGGCUUGACGUUAUCUUGGACUCCAGAGUUGGAACGAAUGGGCCGAUGGCUCUGCUACUCGAACACUCCGACUCGAGAUUCAAAGUUUAAGGUGCAUCCCUGGGCUGCGCAUCCUGAGACUAUCGGAGCUCUAUCUGCUAUACAACUGGGCUUUUACGCGAGCAAGGAGUAUCAGCCUGAGUAUAAGGAGGACAUUCGCCUUGCUGGUGGCAUUGAGGUGUUGUCUGACUUACUGAAGAGCAAUGAGGAGGAUCGUGUUCAUGCUGCCGCCAUAACUCUAUCGUUUCUAUCGUCUGGAAAUCCUAAAUGUUGUGAAGAAAUGUACGAAAAUGACCUUUUCCCCUAUUUGAUUAAUGGUAUGAGAUCCACUUUGGAUCCUUUCAGGGCUACUUGUGCUCAAAUUUGCCGCAAUAUAUAUCAUCAAGAUGUUAAUUAUCGUAAAGAGUUUAUGAGAUCUGGAGGUCUCGUUGCUCUCGUUUCAUUAUUGGAUCCCAUUGACGAUUCUGAUGAACUAUACUUAACUCAGUUGGAUGCUAUAUACCAUUUGGAUGAUUUCAUUAUGGACGGCAUUGAGGAAAUACCUGAAUUGGUCACAUAUGUUAAGGCCUCUGGAGCUCUACCCAAACUUCAACUCUUAGAAAAGGUUUAUAAUUACCUGCACACAUUUUAUUACUGA